CUCCUCUUUCUUCUUUCUUUCUCCCAUUACGUUAUCGUCUCCUCCGUUUUGCCCUACACUAUCCAUUUUCCCUCUUCGUUUCACGUAUAAUCCAUCGAUUUUUCUUCCGCUUCUAUCAUAGAAUUCAUAAAAUCCUCAAUUUCUUGUUGUUUAGUAGUUUUCUUUGUUAAUCUUUCAUCUUCAACUUGUGCAGAAUCCGAAACCCUAAUUUUCUGUUUGCCUCGCCUUCAAAUCUGUCGCAAAUCUUUGAUCUAUCAAUCGAGAAAUUUGCAUCGGUUUUGUUUUUUUUUUUUUUUUUUUACUCUUCGUCGGACUUGAUUGGGCGUUGUCUGAUUUCAGUUCGCUGCCCGGAGAUUUGGUUUCGUCAAUAAAAUUCUUGUACUUUGAGGAAUUUUAGAAUCCGACCUUCGUUUUUACGAUUUCAUUGUUUUUGCGUCGUUUUGGUUGAUCUGUUUUUUUAUCUGAAAAUGGUCGGUGGUGGAAGCAGGAGGGACGAGGGUUCUUUGGUUAUCAACAACACCAAUGUUUUUGCUGCCCUCGAAACUCUCAGGAAGAAGAAGAAGUCCGACAAGGAACGCAAGAAUAAAGGGUCAUCUAAGUCUCAGUCAUCCCAGCCUAAGGAACCUGAACCUCAAGUUUUUUGGGCACCCGCUCCAUUAACUUCAAAAUCAUGGGCCGAUGUGGAUGAUGAAGACGAUGACGAUUACUAUGCCACGACUGCUCCGCCGCAGGCUGUGUGGGGCUCCUCGGAGGCUCACGAGAGCAAGGAGAGGCCGAGCAAUGUAGAGGAGAGUGAGAGUGAAGAUGACAUCCUUGAUGAAGUUGAUUAUGAGCUUGAGGAUGAGCAUGAAAAUGAGCAUGAGCAUGAGCAUGAACCAGAGGUUCCUGUGCAUCCUGAGCCAGCUGUGAAGAAGGCUCCUGAAGCCUCUGUGGCACCAAAGGAGGCCGAGAGGCAACUUUCCAAGAAGGAAAGGAAGAAGAAGGAACUUGCUGAACUCGAUGCCCUUCUGGCUGAUUUUGGAGUAAGCCAGAAAGACAGCAACAGUCAAGACGAGUCGCGUGAUGUGCAAGAAAAGAGAGAUGGAGAAUCCAAUGGAGAUGGUGUAAAGAAGGAAAAUGCCCCUUCAGAGUCCAAAAGUGCUAAGAAGAAAAAGAAGAAGGAGAAGAAGGAGGUCAAAGAUCAGGAUCAGCGGAACAAUUCUGACGUUAACACCGUGCCAGAUGAACUUGCUGGGAAUGGUGAUGCGGAGGAAGAUGCAUCGGCAGUUGAUGUGAAGGAGCGGCUUAAGAAGGUGACAUCUAUAAAGAAGAAGAAAUCUAACAAAGAGAUGGACUCUGCUGCCAAAGCUGCCGCCGUUGAGGCUGCAGCGAGGAGCGCGAGACUUGCAGCCGCAAAAAAGAAAGAUAAGAACCAUUACAACCAACAGCCUGUGCGGUAAAAAGUGCCCUUGUUUUUUCUUCUUUCCGUCUAUAACUGGACAUAUGUUUCUCAUUGUUUGUAUAAGCAAUGCAGAAUAAUCUCUCUGGGCUCUCAAAUCUGGUUUUUGUGGACAGUGGCAUUAGUUGUAUUAAAAUGGAUUCGGGGAAUUUUCGCCCUUUUCUUUUCUGGAUCCCUUGUGGUUCAUCAUUUGUCUCCCAAUUCUGUUUUUCCAUGUCUCUACUCUUUAAAAUAUCUAGGUUUGUCUUGUAGCUCUAGUUACAAAAUCUGUCUUUUGAUUGUGUCGAUAUUCUCUUUUGAACUCCAAGACAGUACAACUUAUAGAACAGACCUUGUUCGUGAU